GUAGGUACAGCUAAUCCGUGAACAGCCAACCAUCGCACUGUAAAAAUGGGAUAGGUUCUAUCUAUGGUCAUUGGGGCCUCCUAAAAAGAUCUACUAAAUUCAUCGAGUUGUUCCAAAGGAUCAAAACGGCCAGUUAUUAAUGGAAUUCCUUGUCGACUCUCUGUAAAAUACUCGUUUGGACGAGGGCUUCCAAAUACAUCGUAAGCUAAACCCGUGCUGACGAAUAACCAACCCGCAAUGAAAAGGGAAGGUAUAGUAAUGCUAUGAAUGACCCAGUAUCGAAUACUGGUAAUAAUAUCAGCAAAAGAACGUUCUCCUGUGCUUCCAGACAUGCCGAGCUCCACGUAUUCUUGUACAGUCAAAAAGGGGAUCGAUUCCGUAAAAGAUGAGAUCAGUAAAUGGGAAUUCACUGAAAUUAAAUCUUUGUGAGAUCGUCAAUAGGGUACCAAGGGUGUCUUUAGAGUAUACCGAAUCAGUAUAGCUAUCCUUCUUCUGACACAGCAACGCAAUUUCACAAUUAGUAUCUAAAUGGAGUGCUAGAGACUUUCUUUUUUCUUUUAUUGUUGCCUGUCGAUGUAGUAUUCUAUACUAUUCAAUAAAAAAAUUUUCAAAUUCCUGUAGUAGUAUAAGGGUUCUCUCCAUUAUCGGCUUCGGAUUAGAAACUGAAGAUCAGAUAAAAUGUGAAUACAACGGGUUGCUUUCAAAUAAUUCGCGAGUGGGAUUAUCAUAUUCCAUUCUCCUACACCUACAAUUCAAUUAGAUCCAAAAUAUAAAAAUAUUCUUUCUUUUUGUGUUUGUAGAAGAUGUUUUUUGUUGGAACCUCCCCCCCCCCUUUUUUUUUUCAUUUUUAAGGAAUUGGUUAGUUGUCCAGUAAGAAGUAAGACUAGCCGAUAGUUUUCGACGAAAGAAAGAGAACAAAGAAGAAAAUAAUCAAUAUUCGCGAUGCACGCAUUGUUGUAUUAGAACCAAAAGGCCGUUCUUGAUCGAAUUAUAAUUAUAAAAGGGCGGGGGGCUCUCUAAUUUAAGAUAUGUAAAGAAAAAAUGUAUAAGUUUCGCACGAUUAGAUCAUGCGAAACUCUUUUUCUUCUCAUUAGAGAUAUUAUGAGAAUGAACCCACUACUGAAUCUAAUGAGGUCAAAUCAAAUUAAAGUAAAAAAGAAAAGGGAAAGUAAUAAAGUAAAGUUAAAGUAAAAAAAGGGAGAUUCUAGUAUAAUCUAAGGUCAUUCUUUGUUCGAAAAUACACAAUGUAUUCGAUACAAUAAUAAAAAAAAGAUCAAAAUUAAAAUAGAAAUGAUUUUCCAAUUUUAAUUUUAAAGCGAUUCAAUUUCAUUUUUUGAAUGAAGUUACACAACAGAGUUUUUUAUUAUUUCUAAUUUUGAUUAUUAAUUAUAAUAUAUAAUAUUAGUAUAAGAAUAUUAGUUUUUAAGAUGAAUCUGUUGAUUGGGAAUUAGGGGAUGCUCAGAUAUCACAGAUGAUGAAUUGAUUUCUUACCUAUGUCACUCCCAUUUUUUUUUAUUACUGUUUAGAAGGAUUGAUGAAUCAAAAACUUUCAAUUGAAAGAAUAAGUGGAAUUGGUCUUUUUGCUUAUUCUUGUUUGUAUCUUUCAAAAAUUUGAAUUUAGGGAAGUGCUUUCUAAACAUAUGUAUAAAAAGACCAUAUUUCAUUUAGCCUCUUUAUGCUUACUAUAACUAGUUAUUUCGGUUUUCUACUAGCGGUUUUAACUAUAACCUCAGCUCUAUUUAUCGGGUUGAACAAGAUACGACUUAUUUGAAAUUAAUUGAACAAACGAUUCAUAAAAAAACGAAAUCUUUCUGUGUUAUUCCAUAUAUUCUAUAGUUUCUUAAGUUUCUUACCGUGUCAAUUUCCAAUUUUUGGUCAUUGAGAUUCAUGGGCAAUAUGAAUUAAUAGUUAAGAAUAGAUAUUACCUCUCCUUUUCCUCUUUCAAACAAAUUGAAAUGAUUGAAGUUUUUCUAUUUGGAAUUGUCUUAGGUCUAAUUCCUAUUACUUUGGCUGGAUUAUUUGUAACCGCAUAUUUACAAUACAGACGCGGUGAUCAGUUGGACCUUUAAUUAAUUAAUAGCUCUUUUUUUGAUUGACCCCUACUUGCUUUAUUAAUUUUAAUACAUAGGGCAGGGGGCAAAUUGAAAUUGCUGUUCAAUUAUUUCAUUUCAGUGUAAUUUUCGACCUAAGAAUAACAAGAAUGGGAUCACGCUCUGUAGGAUUUGAACCUACGACAUCGGGUUUUGGAGACCCGCGUUCUACCGAACUGAACUAAGAGCGCUUUAUUAUCACACUAAAUAUUUUGUAAGUAACCCUAAUAUAUUAUAUUUUUGCAUGCGUAUCCUAUUCUAUAGUAGAAUAGAGUCAAAUGAAAGAUUGAUCAUGUUAUGGAUGCCCAAUUUAAUCGAUUUCAAUUGAUCCCUCGUUACGAUUCCUGCUCAUAAGAUAAGUAAUAGAAUAGGUAGGGAUGACAGGAUUUGAACCCGUGACAUUUUGUACCCAAAACAAACGCGCUACCAAGCUGCGCUACAUCCCUUUCAAUUGGGUUACAGUGUCAUUGUAGAGAAUACCCGUAUUGUUUUCCACAUCUUUAUUUACUCCAUUUCUAUACAAAAAUUAUCUUGUCAUUUCUUCUUUUUGAUCUCAUAUCAUAGAACAUAUAAUUAAUUAUUAAUUAAUUAUAAUAAACUACUUAUAUGCGUUACGUAUAAUGAAACCCGCUGUAAAAAAAAAUGAAUAUUUUGGGGAAAUGCUGGUACAGAAAAGGGCACGUUUUUUUUAAGAAAAGGAAUAUUCUACUGAAUCGUUGUACAUUUCAAUUUGAAUUAGGGAUUCCGCGGACAAAUACAAGCGAUCAUUAACUCCAUAUAUGUCUGAUCAUAUAUGUAUUACAAAUUCCAAUAAAGAAGGAGGAUUUCAAAUAAAAUGCGAGAUCUAAAAACAUAUCUCUCCGUGGCGCCGGUAGUAAGUACUAUAUGGUUCGGGUUUUUAGCAGGUCUAUUGAUAGAGAUCAAUCGUUUAUUUCCGGAUGCGCUGAUAUUCCCCUUUUUUUCAUUCUAGUUAGUAACAUGGGAAGUGGUGAAGAAGAUUAGGGAUUUAAUAAAAUCUCUGUGACUAAUCCCUCCCCUUCCCAUCUUUUAAUUUUAGAAUUUUUAAAAUUCGAAUAAGUUCGAAAAGAGAAAGAAUAAAAGUGGAUUCAAAUUCAGUGAAACUCGGAACUCGGGCCUCAGGCCCGAGGCUCGAAUUAAAAUAAAA